AUGCCCAAGCCAAAGACGGAGAACACCAAGAAGGUGGCCGGCAACGCCAAAAAGGCAGAAGCCGCGGCUCAGAAGCAGGCUGUGGCAGAUGCGGCCGCCGAACGCGCAGAGGCAGAGAAGUGGGAUAAGGGUGCCAAAAGCAACUCUAAGAAACAGUCUGCCGAAGAAAAGAAAGCCUCGGCGGCGGCGGCAAAAGCAGAGCGGGAAAGACUGUUAGCAGAAGAAGAGGCGAGUCAACCAUCUAAGCCUAAAGGUGCGGGAAAGAAGACGGCCGAGAAGAAGACCAGAGGCACACUUGAUCUAUCGCAACUCGACGCCCCCGCGUCUAAACAGACGGCGCUCAAUGCUACGGGCAUUGAUAACGCACUCGAUGCCUUGUCCUUGACCAACGACCAGAAAGGCAUGAAGAUGGAUCGUCAUCCGGAACGAAGAUUCGCUGCCGCGUACAAGGCCUAUGAAGAAAGGCGUCUGCCUGAGGUCAAGCAAGAAAACCCUGGGUUACGGCGAAAUCAGCAGAUCGAGCAGAUCCGGAAGGAGUUCGAGAAACACCCCGAAAAUCCAUUUAACGCCGAGACCAAUGUUCGAUUCGACGCCAGCAGAGAGGAGAUUGCAGAUGCGCAGAAACGUGUCAAGGAGGGUGUUGAGAAACGUCUGGGGGAGAAGUGA